AUGACAGCCAACACAAAUUCGAGGACCGAAAGCGGCAAGCUCGCCGACAUGGCAAAGGAUACAGUGGAAUUAGAUUCCAAGCAACAUAUGACAACCGACUAUGGCAUUAAGAUCUCAGACCCCGACCAUUCGUUGAGGGUAGUAAGCGAUUCGACCACGGGUCCAGCGCUGUUGGAAGAUCAGAUUGCUCGCGAGAAGAUUAUGCGAUUUGACCAUGAGCGUAUCCCUGAACGAGUUGUGCAUGCCCGCGGAACGGGCGCAUUCGGUACCUUCAAGUUAUUUGAGAGCGCUGAGGAUGUCACAACAGCUGGUGUCUUGACAGAUACCAGUCGCACUACGCCUCUCUUCUUGCGCUUCUCUACCGUGCAGGGUAGCAAAGGUAGCGCAGAUACUGUCCGCGAUGUACGCGGCUUUGCAGUGAAAAUGUACACAUCCGAAGGAAACUGGGAUAUUGUUGGAAACAACAUUCCUGUUUUCUUCAUACAGGAUGCAGUCAAGUUCCCCGAUUUCGUGCACUCGGUCAAACCCGAGCCACAUAAUGAGGUACCACAAGGUCAAAGUGCACACAACAACUUUUGGGACUUUGUUUAUUUGCAUUCGGAGACCACUCACAUGAACUAUUGGCAAAUGUCUGAUCGAGCUAUUCCUCGCUCGUACCGGAUGAUGCAAGGCUUUGGUGUGAACACUUACUCUCUCGUCAACAAAGAGGGCAAGCGCCAUUUCGUCAAGUUUCACUUCACUCCCGAGCUGGGAGUUCACUCACUGGUUUGGGACGAAGCCCUGAAGAUUUGCGGUCAGGAUCCCGACUUCCAUCGCAAGGACCUGAUCUCCGCCAUUGAUGCGGGUCAAUUCCCCAAGUGGAAGUUCGGUUUGCAGCUUAUCCCCGAGGAGAAGGUGGAUGAUUUUGAAUUCGAUCCACUCGAUGCUACCAAGGUUUGGCCAGAAGAGCUCGUUCCAAUCCGGUACAUCGGCGAGCUGGAGCUCAACCGCAAUGUUGAUGAGUUUUUCCCUCAAACUGAACAAGCGGCUUUCUGUACCAGCCACAUCGUCCCUGGCAUCGACUUCUCCAACGACCCCCUCCUGCAGGGUCGCAACUUCUCGUACUUUGAUACCCAAAUCUCCCGUCUCGGCGCAAACUGGGAAGAACUCCCGGUCAAUCGCCCCGUUUGUCCAUACAUGAGUCUCGUCAAUCGUGAUGGCGCUCAAAGACACCGCAUCACUAAGGGAACGGUUAACUACUGGCCGAACCGUUACGAAGCAAACCCACCUGCCACGCCUGCUCAGGGUGGAUUCACCAGCUACCCCGAGAAGCAAGAGGGUAUCAAGGCGCGCGCCCUGUCCGAGAAGUUCAAGGAGCAUUACAACCAAGCACAGACCUUCUAUAACUCUCUCUCGCCCAUCGAAAAGAUGCAUCUCGCAAAAGCCUUCUCUUUCGAGCUGGAUCAUUGCGACGACCCAAUUGUCUACAAGCGUAUGACUGAGCGCGUGGCCGCCGUCAGUCUCGAACUCGCCGAGCAAGUCGCCAAGAACGUCGGCGGAGAAACACCCAAGAAACCCUUGAAGCCCAACAAGGGUCAAACGGCCAAGGGUCUCAGCCAGCUAGAGUAUCUGCCCGAGACGCCCACCAUCGCGACGCGUCGAAUCGCUAUCUUGAUCGCCGAUGGAUUCGAUCACGCGUCCUACAUCGCCAUGAAAGAGGCCCUCGAGGCGCGUAACGCUUUCGUUUUCACCAUCGGUGCCCAACGCCAAGGUGUGGUUGCCGAGUCAGGAGAGAAGGUCAUCCCCGACAACUUUUUCAAUGGUAUGCGAUCUACUCUUUUCGACGCGACAUUUGUGCCGGGCGGAAAGCAUGUUGCUGCAUUGGCAAAGAAUGGUGUGGCCAAGUUCUGGAUUACCGAGUCAUUCGCCCACCUCAAGGCCAUUGCCGGUAUCAACGAAGCAGUCCCUUUCAUCGCGAAGCAAGUUGGAUUGGAGGAAGUUAAGGUUUCCAAGCCUGGCACGACCUCUGUAGUGGAAUCCUAUGGUGUUGUGACCGGUCAUGGCGAUGCAGCUGCGACGUUGGGCGUUAAGGAGGUCGGACCCGAUUCCAAGAGUCUUGCGGAACAAUUUAUUUGGCACGUGUCGCGACACCGGAACUGGCAGCGUGAGCUGGAUGGGCUUGCGGAUCAAAUUGCGGCUUAA